UCUCUGAAAAUAUAUACAGAUUGCAGCAGCAGGCGGCAGGGCAGGUUUGAAAUUUCAACCAUCCCGUCCAAUAUCUCCUUUGCGUUUUGCCACUCCUUGUGUUUCUUGUAUCUCUGUCUGCCGCAGGCCCAGCUCAUCCUCUAGCCGAGCAGUAUUGAGAAAUUCGGGGAAAUAGAGAGUAAACAGAGAGACUUCAGAAUUUUUUCACGCAGGCAGAAAGGGGGAGAUGGUGACUUCAUCGGUGGUGGACACGUAUCCACUUUCAAGCUACACCUUCGGGACGAAAGAGCCGAAGAUGGAGAAGGACACUUCCGUUGCCGAUCGCCUUGCUCGCAUGAAAGUCAACUAUAUGAAGGAGGGAAUGAGGACAAGCGUCGAAGGGAUUUUACUGGUACAGGAACAUAAUCAUCCUCACAUACUGCUUCUUCAAAUUGGGAAUACUUUCUGUAAACUCCCUGGUGGCCGUCUGAAGCCUGGAGAGAAUGAAAUUGAGGGCUUGAAAAGAAAGCUGACCAGCAAGCUUGGUGCUACUGUACCUGCUCUUGUGCCAGACUGGCAGAUAGGUGAGUGUGUGGCUACCUGGUGGAGGCCAAACUUUGAAACCAUAAUGUAUCCAUAUUGCCCUCCCCACAUAACAAAACCCAAGGAGUGUAAGAAGCUUUAUGUUGUUCACUUGUCUGAGAGGGAGUACUUUGCGGUCCCAAAAAAUUUGAAACUUCUUGCUGUUCCAUUGUUUGAGCUCUAUGAUAACGUUCAGCGAUAUGGACCAGUUAUAUCUACCAUUCCUCAGCAGCUCUCUAGAUUCCAGUUCAAUAUGAUCACUAAAUGAAUGCAGCAUGAAUUUCCAGAGCUCGCAUCCUGACACCUCUGCCGACAGUUCUCUGGAAGUUCAUAUCUUGAUUUAAUUGCAUGGACUGCUAGAGCCCAGACCUGGACAUUACUUCAUCCCCGUUGUUUGGAAUAUCUGUUGAUGUGUUUUACUUUAGCAUGAGAUUCUUGUUCAAACCAGGUUUCCGUAGUGUGUUCUUGGAGUCAUAUUUACUGCAAUUUAAGAGUCCAACGGAUUUUUUUUUUUUUUCUUGAGUAGAAUGAGUUACAACAACGCCCUUUAAGAUUUCGAUCAAAUUUUCUUAUGUAACUUAUUAUCCUUCAUUGUAACAUGGAAUGUAAAAUUAGGGCACAAAAGACGAGAUAUAUAUGUAGCAUGUAUUGUGUAUCAGCCAUCAGGCAGUUUCUGCUUAUUCGAUGUAGUUUCUUUAGCAACCAAA